CCAGCUGGGAUUCGUUCGGAUCUUUCGAGAAUUUGUUCAAUUUCUGGAUGAAUUUAAGCUCAUGUGUCUGAUAUGUUCACUACUUCCGAGUGUCUUCUCCAUCCCAAGAGCUUAGAUAGAGAUGGAUCAUGUAUACAAAGGUCAGCUGCAAGCAUAUGCCCUCAAACAAAAUCUUGAUCUACCCGUGUAUGCCACUGAGCGAGAAGGGCCUCCUCAUGCUCCUCGGUUUAGAUGUAAUGUUUCAUUUUGUGGCCAGACUUUCCAGAGCCAGGAAUUCUUUCCGACUCUUAAAUCGGCUGAACAUGCCUCUGCAAAAAUAGCAUUGGCUUCAUUGACGCCGCAGAGUCCAGAGGGUAUUGAUGUUGCCUACAAGAACCUGUUACAAGAAAUCGCUCAGAAAGGAAAUUCUCUGUUACCACUCUAUGCAACUGCUACAUCUGGUCCAUCACAUGCGCCUACUUUUAUUUCAACUGUUGAGUUUGCUGGGAAAGUUUUCAGCGGAGAAGAGGCAAAAACCAAAAAGUUGGCUGAAAUGAGUGCUGCUAAAGUAGCAUUCAUGAGUAUAAAAAAUGGGAACUCGAACCAGACCUCAUCACCUUCUUUGCCUUAUGAGAGACAAGAGCCUAUCAAUGCAAAUGUGAAGAGCAGUCUACAAGAGAUCCAUUCCCAACCUUCCAAAGUGGUGGUGACCCCUGAUUCCCCAUCAAAGUGGAAGAAACUGUAUGAAGAUGAUCUUCACAAUGCACCAGCCAGUAACGCUAAGGGGAUGAACGCUGCUUUGCAUGUGCCAGAGAAUCCUACAAACGAUGGUACCCUUAAUGCAACUACUGAUAUAAACUACAGUGCUGCUUCUUCUUCGCCUAUACCUCAGACUCCUACAAACAUUGUAACUCUUAGUGCACCAGCUACCAAUGGUAUCAAGAGGAAUAUUGCAGCUUGUUUUUCGAGUAUGCCUCAGAAUCCCACAAACGAUGGUAGUGAACAAUCAUCAUGUGUAGAUGAGAGUGAGAAGAAGAAGCUCAUAAUGGGAACAGGCCACCUGAGUAUACCAACUGGCCAGCAUGUAGUUUGUCGUCCAUGGAACCCGGAGAUAACUCUUCCUGAAGACGCGGAGAUGCUCUUUAGGGAUGAUAAGUUUAUUGCCUAUCGUCUCUCGAAGCCAUAAUGACAUCAUCUUUGAUGCAUGAUACGUGUAGUGGUAGAAUGUUAAGCUAAGCUAUAUCUCAUCUGUUUGUAGGGAUAUAUAGUUGAAUCCCUCGAAUAUGUUAAGGCUUCUUGUCUUUGGUUUUCUUAAAGCAAUAUUCUAUGUGCUGUGUAACGACUAAUUGUAGUUCUGAAUGAUAUUUGGAUGCUUAGAAAAUCGCAGUUGUUGUGAUGAUCCAAGUCA